AUGGAUAGCACAUAUCAUGUUAAAAAAGAUGAUCUCUAUAUUUUUCAUUGCUCCAAAGAAAUAUUAGAUUCGUUAGAAUUGAUGUAUUUUGAUGAAAACGAUAUAGAAACAAUCAACAAUAAUGCUAAUUCCACUGAUACUAAUUCCAAUAUUAAAAAUAACGUAAUUGAAUUUAGUAAAGAUGCUAGCUUCUGUAAUGCCUGUAGUACCGACAUUUCUAACAGAGAACAUUAUAAGACUGAUUUCCAUAGAUUCAAUAUUAAAAGGCGAUUACAUAACUUACCUCUAGUAAAUGAGGAAGAAUUCGAAUCAAUUGUAAAUAAUGACACAGAAAGUAUUUCUGGCUCGGAUAGUGAUGUUGAGGAUGAAGAUGCUCAGGAUGGUGACAGAUUAUAUGAGAUAGAAAAAGAUGGUUUAACUACUGCUUUUGAAAAAAAUAUGAAACAGGCUUCACUGUUAACAACCGCUGAGAAGAAGAAUAAUAAUAAUAAGCAGGCAAGUUUUUUAAAUACAAAAUCACCUUAUAUCUUCAUGAAAAGUAAGCUGAUUCCUGAAAAUAAAAUAUUGGGUGCUUAUAAAGUUUUAUUCAGUGACAGUGACUAUCCAUUGAAAGAGUUAAAGGGAAACUUGCAACUGCAAGAGGAUGAAACAUCCGCUAUUUUUAUGAUUGGUGGUGGUCAUUUUGCCGGCGCUAUUGUUUCUCAUAAAAGACUUAAAAACAUUACAUUUAAUAAAAAACUAGAUUUAUCGAUAUCCGAGCAAAUGGUUAAUUUGUUACAUCAAAAAACAUUUCAUAGAUAUACAACCAGAAGGAAACAAGGUGGUACACAAAGUGCUAAUGAUAAUGCAAAGGGCAAAGCAAAUUCUGCUGGGAGUAAUCUACGUAGAUACAAUGAAAGAGCCCUAAAGGAAGAUAUUGCCAACUUACUGAAAGAAUGGUCUCCUUUUCUAAAAAGUUGCAAGUAUAUUUUUAUUAGAGGGAACGGUCAAUAUAACAAAAAAAUGUUAUUUGAUGAUAACGUUUUGCAACAAAAUGAUCACAGGAUAAAAAACUUCCCCUUUAUUACCAAAAGACCAACUGCUUCUGAAUUAAAGAGAGCCUGGUGCAAGUUAACUUACCUUGAUAUAUUGAAUAGGCCUGAAAAAAAAAGGAAAAAAGAAACUGAGAAACAAUCAUUUGCUAUUAAUAAAGUUGCAAAACAACAAGACCUGUCAAAGGGGGGAAAUAACCAGGUUGAAACGCCAGUUGAGAUUAAACAUACAAAAGAAUUAAUCCAGUUGGUUAAAAAAUCUAAGAUUCCUCUUUUAAUAUCCUAUUUGAAAAAAAACAAUCUAGGCAUUGAUUUUGCGUUGCAACCCCUUGAUCAAUACAGAUCAACAACACCGACUUUGCUACAUUACGCUGCUGCUAAUGGUCUAAAAAAUGUAAUUUAUAUAUUGCUAAAUACAUUAAAGGCUGACCCAACUAUAAAAAAUCUCCACGGUAAAGUUGCAGCCGAUUUAGCUUCAAAUUUGGAAACUCAACAAAUGUUCCAAUUGGCUAGAAACAGUUUAGGAGAGGAGCAUUGUAAUUGGGACACAGAUGCUCAUGUUGGUGUUCCCUUGACCAGAGAGCAUAUUGAUAAAGAGAAAGAGGAAUUGAAGAAACAAGAGGAAGAACAUAUGAACGAGCAAUUAGCAAAAAUUAAGUUGGAACAGGAAAACUUGAAAAGAGAAAAUUAUAUAAAAAAAGGUGUAGUAGAACAGAGAUUGGGUUCAGACAAAGCAUCGAAAAAGGUAAAUAGCAUAGAAUUGGCUCCAUCUAAUGUACAACAAACUUUAAAUUCGUUGAAUCCCGAGCAAAGAAUGAGACUAAUGAGAGAGCAAAGGGCUAGAGCUGCAGAAGCUAGGAUGAGAGCAAAUAUUAAAUAA